GGGCUGAUGCAAGCGAUGAUGAAUGGGACCGAGUGUAUUGCAUAACCAAGUCAAAGAGCAACAAAUUCUCUCUGCAAAUGUUUGAAGGAAGCCAUAACCUCAUUCAGUCCUAAAACAUGCCGGGCAUGCGACAACAUCUAUGGUGCCUCAUCCAGCUCAUUGAGCUUUGCAAGCAGCCUGGCAUUCAGCACAAGCUACCUAGCGCACGCGCUCGCGUACUUCGAUGCAGUCAUCCAAUAGAUGCUGCGAUUGCAUCCCAAAGUCGUCAGACACGCCAUGGCCAGCUAUCGUACCCCGCUUCCAACGUUCAGGCGACUCCGCGCCUCACAUUCACAAAGUGCUCCGUAGGCCAUCAAGGGCACUGUCAUGCCGCUCUCCAUCUCGUGCGCGAGCGGCAUUUCGCACCCGUGCAUCGAUACCGUCUCUGUAUCGGCCAGAUCGACACCGUCCCUGUCCAUUUCAUGAACAUGGCCCGCGCGCUAUUGGGUCCUGACGUGAGGGAGUAUUGGCCAGAUUGCUGAGUCGAGGACGAGACAGUCCAGACGUGAAUCUCGGGUGCGGUUUCACGCUCGUGCAGGAUAAGAUGGGUUGGUGUGCGUCAUCAACGACAUGCCGGGCUGA